UCAAAUUUGAAUAUUUUGUGAAGUGGGGCCAGAGCAAAACUUAGUAGAAAAACCAACCAGAUGACGUUACUGCUCCAUUCAAUCUCCAUGACAUUCUUCAUUCGGUUGUUACCAUUCCCAAUAUAUACAAAGUCAUUCACUUUAUUUCUUUUAAGAAAUAAAGAAAAAGAAAAGAAAUUCUUGCACUAACUUUUGCAGUGCUCUUUGCUUGAACAUCUGGCUUUCUUGGAAAUGGGGAACUGAGCCUCUCUUCUUCACUGAGCCUCUCUUCUUCAUUGUUGGACAUCCACUUUGGGUUGUUCGGGAGUUUAAGCCAUUUCAAAGCUGGAAGAUUUAAUGGGAGAUUUACAUACCAGUGAAGGAAUGAACGAAACCCCCUUAUCUGUCUAUCAUGGUGUUGCGAGUAAUAUAUGUCAUCCUCUGGAUUUUCUUGUAUUUCCCUCAUUAAUGGAUGACAUUUUCACCCGUCUUUUAACAUGGACUGCUUAUAUGAAUCGCAGAUUCAUCAAUUUCGUAGAAAAUCUCGUUCUCCAAGAUGUCUACAGAUGCUCAGAAGAUUCAGUCGCCAUUACUUCUGGACAGAAUCCAAGAUCUUCAAGCCAGAGCAUUUGUAAAUCUGCUCGAGAAGGAUGCUCAUCAUCUUCUACAUCUUGCACAGAAAACUCUUACUCUGCAAUCUGUGGAAAAAGAUCCUCAGAACUGAGGGAAGAACUCCUUGCAAAUACAGAUUCUCGAAAUACAAUAACCUAUCACAGUAAGCGAGGAGCCCCUUUCAUUUUUCAAGGGUUGAUGUUCCCAUUGUUUGGUAUACGGCUUGCUUGGAGUUUGGCUCUGGCCUCGUGGAGAUGUGCUCUCUACCAUCUGAGAAGCACUCAAGCACAAGUCUAUAGCAUUAAAUCCCGGAUGCAGAGAACGUUGCGUGGUUCUUCUGAUGAUAUUGGAUGGUUGCAACGCAAUCCUGGAAUGGCCCCUGUAGAGAAUGGUACAGCAAGAUUCCUGGAACUGCUUCAAGCCAUAAGGAAUGGAGAACACACAUUGCCCAAUUCAUUUGUAUAUUUACUAGUGCCAGGCCUUUUUAGCAAUCAUGGCCCCUUAUAUUUUGUGGCGACUAAGAGAUUCUUUUCAAAAAUGGGUCUAGCAUGCCAUAUAGCAAAAAUUCCGAGCGAGGCAUCAGUGGAGCAAAAUGCAUGGGAACUGAAGCGAUACAUUGAGGAGCUUUACUGGGGAUCUGGAAAACGUGUGAUGCUGCUUGGGCACAGCAAGGGCGGAGUUGAUUCUGCUGCUGCAUUAUCCAUUUAUUGGUCUGAGCUGGAAGGCAAAGUGGCAGGACUGGCACUGGUCCAGAGCCCAUAUGGUGGCACCCCCUUAGCUUCUGAUAUUCUUCGUGAAGGCCAGAUAGCUGACAAAGAAACUCGUAGGGUCAUGGAGCUUUUGAUAUGCAAGAUGAUUAAGGGUGACAUACGAGCACUGGAAGAUCUUACAUAUGAAAAGAGAAAAGAAUUCAUCAUGAAGCAUAAGCUACCUGAGGGCGUCCCUCUUAUCUCUUUCCACUCAGAAGCUAGGGUGGCUCCUGGUUUCCUUGCUACAAUGGCACACAUAGCUCAUGCAGAGCUUCCCUGGCUUCCCCUUCCUAAGUUUGGGAGUGCAGAGUUUGACAGUGUUGGUCGACUGGGACACCAGGUACCCAUAGUAAUUCCAAUUUCUGCUGCCAUGGCUGCAUGUGCACUUCACCUGCUGCUCAGAUAUGGGGAGAAGAGCGAUGGCCUAGUGACAUGCCGUGAUGCUGAAGUUCCAGGUUCCGUUGUAGUCAGACCAGACCAGAAGCUUGACCAUGCUUGGAUGGUUUACUCUUCAUGGAAGAAGAAUCCUAAUGAGCCUGACGCUUGUGAAAUGUGUGAGGCUCUUUUGACUCUACUCGUAGAGCUUGGGGAGAGGAAGCAAGAAGAAAUGGAGAAGUUUGGAAGUAGUUCAUAGUACAGAACAAAGUUUUUCCUAUCACUGAAGUUUACUAAUUCUUUGGCUCGGCACUUCCUAAUGUUUUGGGAACAUCAGAAGCAAUUGUAAUGGCAGAAAAAAAAAAGCGUCAUUUUUUUUUUCUUUUUUGAGAGCUCAAGUAUUUGCCGAGUUGGUGAUGCUAUUGCUAACAAGUGGUAGUAAUGGUAUGUGUUUUGCCCAAUGAGUUCCCUUAGAAGUGGGAUAAAAUAUUGUAUGUAGUAAGGAUUGUGUUCAUUUUCUUUUUUUAUAUACUGCAUAAAGCAGUGGGAUUACUAGCA